AUGUCUUCUUAGAGUGACGUCAAGAUUGUGCGUCACAUCUUUGUCAGUGAACAAAAUGGCAACCUACUGCUUAACUGUCAGCCGGCUUCAGCUUGCACUAGGGCAGGGUGCCCGCCGCCUGCAUGUGACUGCAGCCCUUAGCGCGAAGGCCAAGGUGUCCAUGAGCCGCUUUGAGCCGGGCAACCACAUCAACUAUGAGAAGCUCCAGGCCAACGUCGACAUUGUGCGCAAAAGGCUCAACAGGCCUCUCACGCUGUCUGAGAAGAUUGUGUACGGUCAUCUGGAUGACCCCCACGGGCAGGAGAUUGACAGGGGCCGCACGUACCUGCGUCUGCGCCCUGACCGCGUGGCCAUGCAGGACGCCACAGCCCAGAUGGCCAUGCUCCAGUUCAUCAGCAGCGGCCUGCCCAGGGUUGCCGUCCCUUCCACCAUCCACUGUGACCAUCUCAUCGAGGCCCAGACUGGUGGAGCCCAGGACCUGAAAAGGGCAAAGGAAAUUAACGAGGAGGUUUACAACUUCCUUGCCAGUGCUGGAGCCAAAUAUGGCGUCGGCUUCUGGAAACCAGGCUCAGGGAUUAUCCAUCAGAUUAUCCUGGAGAACUACGCCUAUCCUGGAGUCAUGCUGAUCGGUACCGAUUCUCAUACGCCAAACGGCGGUGGCCUUGGCUCCAUCUGCAUCGGAGUGGGUGGUGCCGAUGCCGUGGACGUCAUGGCUGGCAUCCCCUGGGAGCUGAAGUGCCCUAAAGUGAUUGGUGUGAAGCUGACUGGCAGUCUGUCUGGCUGGACAUCCCCCAAAGACGUUAUUCUGAAGGUGGCGGGCAUCCUGACCGUAAAGGGUGGCACUGGUGCAAUUGUUGAGUACCACGGACCUGGUGUUGAUUCUGUCUCCUGCACAGGAAUGGCAACUAUCUGUAACAUGGGAGCUGAGAUUGGCGCCACUACGUCUGUUUUCCCCUACAACCAUCGCAUGAGGACCUAUCUGGAGAAAACUGGACGUGCAGAAAUUGCUGCUCUGUCUGAUGAGUACAAGGACCUGUUGGUACCCGAUGCCGGCUGUGAAUAUGACCAGGUCAUUGAAAUCAACCUGAGUGAGCUGAAACCCCACAUCAACGGACCUUUCACCCCUGACCUGGCCCACCCUGUGUCCGACAUCGGCAAGACCGCAGCAGACAGCGGGUGGCCUCUGGAGGUCAAAGUGGGCUUGAUUGGCAGCUGCACAAACUCCAGUUACGAGGACAUGGGCAGAGCUGCCUCCCUGGCCAAGCAGGCUCUGGACCACGGCCUGAAGUGCAAGGCCCAGUUCACCGUCACCCCCGGGUCUGAACAGAUCCGUGCCACCAUUGAGAGAGAUGGUUAUUCCAAGAUCCUCAGUGAUGUUGGAGGUGUGGUGCUGGCAAAUGCCUGUGGACCCUGCAUUGGCCAGUGGGACAGGCGUGAUACAAAGAAGGGAGAGAAGAACACCAUCGUGACUUCCUUCAACCGUAACUUCACUGCCAGAAACGACGCCAACCCUGCUACCCAUGCUUUUGUUACCUCCCCUGAGAUCGUCACAGCCAUGGCUAUCGCUGGCAGACUUGACUUCAAUCCUGAGACGGACUUCCUCACCGCGGCAAAUGGAGAGAAGUUCAAGCUCCAGCCCCCCACUGGCGAUGAGCUGCCCGCCCGUGACUUCGACCCCGGUGAGGACACCUACCAGCACCCACCGCCAGACGGCAAAACCCUCCGCGUGGAUGUCAACCCCCAGAGCAACCGCCUGCAGCUGCUGGAGCCCUUUGACAAGUGGAGUGGCAAGGACCUGCAGGACCUGCAAGUGCUCAUCAAGGUGAAGGGCAAGUGCACCACAGAUCACAUCAGCGCCGCAGGGCCCUGGCUCAAAUUCCGUGGUCACCUUGACAACAUCUCCAACAACAUGCUCAUUGGUGCCGUCAACACAGAGAAUGACGCAGUCAACAAGAUCAAGAACCAGCUGACCGGAGAGUAUGGUGGCGUUCCUGAUGUGGCUCGCCACUACAAGAAGAAUGGUCUGUCCUGGGUUGUGGUUGGAGACGAGAACUACGGCGAGGGCUCAAGCAGAGAGCACGCCGCCCUGGAGCCACGUCAUCUGGGAGGCAGGGUCAUCAUUGUCAAGAGCUUCGCUAGGAUUCAUGAGACAAACCUGAAGAAACAGGGCCUGCUGCCUCUCACUUUUGCCAACCCUGCCGACUACGACAAAAUUUGCCCAGAUGACAAACUCUCCAUUACAGGCCUCAAGGACUUUACUCCAGGAAAGCCUUUGCAGGCAGUCAUCAAGCACAGCGAUGGCAGCAAGGAGACAAUCACCCUGAACCAUAGCUUCAACGAGACGCAGAUCGACUGGUUCAAAGCCGGCAGUGCCCUCAACAGGAUGAAGGAAUUGCAACACUGAGGGGAGAUGGACCUGCCACAGAGAGGAGAGGUUAUAUUCAGGAGAGCAGAAAGUGGGAGAUGUCUUUUGAAUAGUCCAGAGGGGUUUAGCUGUUCUUGUUAUAAAUCAAAACUGGAUGUAAGCAAGGGAUAAGUUGAAAGUCACUCCCCCACCCCUUCAAUAGACAUAAUCUUUUAACCACACCACCAUGAUCACAUGAGCCAAUUUUCAGAUAUACAGGGAGGUCACUCACAAACACUCAUUUGCACAGGAUGCAUAAAGACUGUUGCGGCGCAGCUGGAGGUGUGACCCAGCUAGUCACAGGACUGCUUACUUGCAUGCAGUCAGGCAAACUUCUCUUUGCUGCUUGUUGAUGGUUAAGUCGAAUGAAAUGUUUGACUGACAGGUGCCGCUCUGUAUUUAUUUCACAAAGGGAAGCUCUUAGCAGAGCACAAAGUAGACAUACAUGCAUUACUGUCAUUGAUUUUUAAACUGGUAUUCUUUUUUUGCCUAAAACAAUGCUGCUCCUUUGUCAGUCUUGAAGUUGUCACCUGUGGCUUUUUAAAUGUCCUGAACCUGCUAUUAGUGCUGUCUCAAUACUGUACUGCAAUGGGCUCUGCAUGAAAUUUCUGUGAUUGAGUUUUGGUUUCUUGACCUAAGCGGAUGCUCUUUUGAUACUGCAGGUAGUCCAAUUGGACAAUUGUUGGACCUGUUUAAAUUAUGAAAGCAUUAUCUGGUUAUUCUCUGCUGUAAUGGGACACUGUGUAUUCAUGAUGGUCAAAUCCAUUUGUACGUUAGUUUAAUUUCUCUGAACUGUCGACAGAACGCCUCUCCCACUUGUACCACUACUGCUUGCCACCACCACCAAUAUUGCAGUCAGUCCCCUAAAUGUUCACCAUCCACACUGAAUGCCUCACAGGCCAGAGCUUGUACCAUUUACAAAGUAUUUAUUUAUGUUUUCCAUAAACUCCAGAUGUGCUUUAACCAAGUUGGAACAGAACGGUCCUGUCGUGACAGAUCAUGACUCAAUGCUAUCAGGGCCAGGGUUGGACGUCCAAACUUUCAUGCCCUUUUUACACCCUUUUUUGUGGGGUGGUGUAUUUCCUCAUUUUGUUUUUGUCAUAGAGCUAAACCCAUGAUGAGGUGUGUGUGUGUGACCUCUUUUAUUGGCCUGCAGUAGAAGCCAUGCAUCUCCCAUUGGCCAGCAGUGAUUUUGAACAAGCAUUUAAAAACAAAACUAACUAAAAUAGCCUAGACUGUUUCCAGUUUCAGUUCCAGAUUACCUCAAAGCGAAAAAUCCGUAAUAAAGCUAAGUGAAACACAUAGAAUCAUACAAUCCUGGUACUUCAUGAGCCUGCCCAACUAUGCUGAUGGAGCAGUGAUACCCUCUCUUUAUAUGUAGCUUUGCCAUUCACACUCUGACUUCCCCCAUACACUCCGCCUGCUAAACUUUGACUGUAUUUGGUUAACUCUUCUCCCUCUGUUCACAAUGGACAUUGUGUCUUGUUCCGUGUAUAUUGAAACGUUUCUUUUUUUUCCCUCUGGUUUGUUUUUGUUUUGCAUUUAAUGGCCAAAUGUGGUCUAACAGACCACUGGGUUGACAUAAAUUUAAUUUUAGAAAGAACCGUGAUGUCGGUGUGUGUGGUCUGUUCCUCACAGUGUGGUUAAGCCUGAAUGAGAAUAACUGUUCAAGGGUAGUGGGCUUGGCUAAAGUCAGACUUGUACCUUACUGAAUCUGUAUGUAAACACGCACAAUCAGUAGCCUAGCCCUAACAUCAAAGCUACAAUAUCACAUAAAAGAUUUAAGUUUAAGAUUUAAGUCUAGAAACAUCUGAAGUUAACCGUGAACAAAAUGAUUUCAAAUCUUCUAGGAAAUAAGUUGUUAUUUAGCUUGAAUGAAUUGAAUGCAUCUGGUUUUACUUAAAUUUCAAAUAUGUAAUGUUGGCUGACUGCAACUUGUAUAUAAAGUCAGAAUGUCUUUA